AUGUUCGGAAGCAACCCUUUUGGGCAAUCAUCUAGUAGCCCAUUUGGGUCUCAACCCAUUUUUGGGCAGACGAAUAAUGCUAGCAGCAAUCCAUUUGCUCCAAAACCCUUUGGCAGUACGAGCCCUUUUGGUUCACAGACUGGGGGGUCCAUCUUUGGCGGGACGUCUACUGGUGUAUUUGGAGCUCAAUCUUCUUCUCCUUUAGGUUCCACUUCUGUUUUUGGUGCUUCAUCCUCACCUGCUUUUGGAAGUUCAACCCCAACUUUUGGAGCUGCUUCUGGUUCUGCCUUUGGAAACUCGUCUUCAACAUUUGGUGGUUCCUCAGUGUUUGGUCAGAAACCCGCUUUCGGUGGUUUUGGAUCUACUACUACUCAGACAAGUCCUUUCGGAGCCUCGUUUCAACAAUCACAACCGGCUUUUGGGAGCAAUGCAUUUGGUUCAUCUUCUCCGUUUGGUGCACCAAGUCAACCUGCUUUUGGGGCACAAACUACACCAGCUUUUGGAAGCAGUUCCCCUGCGUUUGGUUCUACCUCAAGUCCUGCAUUUGGUAGUACCAGUGGAGGCUUUGGUGCGACGAGUUCUCCUUUUGGAUCAAGCACACCAGCAUUCGGUGCGCUUACCACUCCUGCAUUCGGUACCACUACCACUCCUGCAUUCGGUGCCACAACGACUCCUGCAUUCGGUGCCACGAAUACUCCUGCAUUCGGUGCCACAAAUACUCCUGCAUUCGGUGCCUCGACUCCGGCUUUUGCAGCUUCAAGUACUCCUUCUUUUAACUUUGGAUCCAGUCCAGCAUUUGGCCAAGCAGCUUCUACGUUUGGUAAUAAUCAAUUUGGCACAUCAGCAUUUGGAGCUCCUCAAACAUCUUCGUUUGGAGCACAAACAGCGACUUCUGCUUUUGGUGGCCCAGGUUUUGGCCAGUCUACUUUUGGGGGGCAACGAGGAGGAAGUAGGGUUUCUCCUUACUCACCAACAACUGAGACCGAUGGUGCCACUGGUACACAGCCAGCUGGUAAACUGGAAUCAAUUUCAGCCAUGCCGGUGUACAAAGAUAAAAGCCAUGAAGAACUUAGAUGGGAGGACUACCAGUUAGGAGAUAAAGGAGGGCCAGCUCCUGCCAGUCAGGCUACUUCAAUUGGUGGCUUUGGUAAUACAGCCUUUAACUCAACGACUUCUGCAUUUGGUCAAACCGCAGCCAAUCCUUUUUCCUCUUCAGCAUCCUCUAACCCGUUCGCUCCAAAAACCCCAGCAUUUAGUAGCUCUGGUUUUGGACCUUCACCUACCUCCCCAUUUAGUUCUUCAGCUUUUGGGCAAUCCAGUACAUCUAAUAUUUUUGGUUCAACAUCGUCUGCUACACCCUCCUUAUUCGGUUCGACUCAAUCAUUUGGAGUGAAUACAUCCCCUUCUCUGUUUAGUUCAACAUCAUCUGCCUUUGGAUCACCAUCUAUUUUCGGCCCCUCAUCAGCACAGGGAGCUACAUCAGCAUUUGGUACCAGCUUGGGUUUUGGGAACACUCAGUCAUCCCCAUUAUUCCAGUCGACUACACCUACCCUCUCGCAGGCUACUAUUCCCUUUGGACAAACAUCCUCUGCCUUCGGCCAAACUGGACCUGGAAUUUUUAGCACACCCUCCACUGGCUUUGCUAGCAAUUUGUUCUCCAGUACUUCAUCAUUAAUUAAUAGCAAUAACACCCUGGGUUUUGGUCAAACAACUCCCUCUCUGGCGACACCAUUUCAACCUGCACAACCGGCUAUGAGUUCUGGUGGUUUUAACUUUAACAACUUUGGUCAGUCACAAUCAGGCACAACAGCUUCUGGCAUCUUUAACAAUGGUACAUUUGGACAAUUGCCAGCUACUCAGAGUUCGAUUGCUGUGCAAGCAGCCCCCAUUACAAACCCCUUUGGAACUUUGCCAGCAAUGCCUCAGAUUUCAAUCAGCCGUGCAGGCACUUCUUCUAUUCAGUAUGGAAUUUCCAGCUUGCCAGUUGUUGAAAAACCAGCGACUGUGAAACUAUCAUCACUUUUGACAUCCCGACACCUUUCUCAAAGGCGGCUUAGGAUGCCUGUGAGGAAAUAUAACCCUAGAAUCGAUGGCCCAAAGGUGGCAUUUUUUAAUGAUGAUGAAGAAACACCCAGCACACCAAAAGCGGACGCUCUUUUUGUUCCCAGGGAGAAUCCAAGAGCUCUAGUCAUUCGUCCGUUGGAACCACGGCAUUCCAGAUCCAGCACUGAAACUAUGGCCGCUGGCACCCUUGUGCAUGUGAAUGGUAGACUUUCUUCAGCUGAUUGCUGGAUUUUGGACUUUUUCACCGUGGAGGACCCAAUCCCGGACGGCGAGGACAAUGCGAAACCAAAAGCCAAUGGGACCCACAGCGAGACCGAGAAAGGCGACUCAUACAUCACCUUGACUGGGCACCGAGCUGGGGAGGCGGCUAUCGCAUACGAGCACGGUGCAGACGUUGAGGCCUUGAUGCCAAAGCUCCGACACUCGGACUACUUCACGGAGCCACGUGUGCAAGAGCUUGCUGCCAAGGAGCGGGCAGAGCCGGGUUUCUGUCGCCAUGUGUGCGACUUUGUGGUGGGACGACACGGAUAUGGCAGCAUCAAGUUCUUUGGGGAGACUGACGUGAGGCGGCUGGACCUUGAGUCCCUCGUCCAGUUCAACAAUCGAGAGGUAAUUGUUUACAUGGAUGAGAGCAAGAAGCCGGCUGUGGGACAGGGGCUGAACAAGCCGGCUGAGGUGACGCUCCUCAACAUCAAGUGCUUUGACAAGAAGACGGGUCAGCAGGUGACGGAUGGUCCAAGGAUUGAAAAGUACAAGGAGAUGCUGAGGAAGAAGGCGGAGGAUCAAGGUGCCGAGUUUGUGUCUUAUGAUGCGGUCAAAGGGGAGUGGAAGUUCAAGGUUGACCAUUUUAGCGGGUAUAGGCUUGGGGAAGAGGAUGACGAGAUGAUUGGUCUGGUUUGA